ACCUAUUUGUAUUUAUUAUUUUAUUAACAUCUUAUCCUUACCAUAAUAACAUAUUACCAUGGUUUUGGGUUUAUCAAAAGAUUUAAACCAGUAAUGAGUAAAUACUAAUGUAAAUAAUUUUGAAAAAACAGUUCGUAUUUCGUUAAAAUAAUUUAGUAAUUCUAGUUUAUUUACAAUUAUAAUUUACUGUGAGCUGUUAAGUUAAUCAAAAUCAAACUAUUUGUAUUUUAUUGUGUGAUAUUCUUCUUGAAAUUAACACUACGCUUGCUUUUUCAGGUCCUUUGGGGAGCCUUUUCUGCGGCGUUUAUCAUUAACGUGUCACAAUGAAAUUCAAAUUCUGUGGGGGUGGUGACUGCCCAGAAUGGUUAUUGGUUCAGAUCAAUGCACUUUCAAGAAUGACAUCGAUUAAAAUGAAACUAUUAGCCCAGUGCACGGUUAAUUCAUUGCUCGGAGAACCAUUCAACUUUGAAAAAGCUAAGGAGCUUAUGGCUGAUGCUAAACUGGAUGUUGAAAACUGUAAAGCCUGUGUAGCCGCAAUCACAUAUAUUCUAAAAAAUGCUGCUUGUCAUGCUGUUUCUCAAAAUUAUCUCUCUAAUGAAUUACAACAAAUUGGUUUACCUCGUGAACAUGCUUUAGCGCUAUGUAGAGUAUAUUUGGACAAUUUGUCACAAAUUACUAAAAUGUUGAAGAACGAAUCUUUGCAAAUUGGUCGUUUGGAUAAUGUUGAUAUAUCCAAAGGAAAUGAUGGCGAAUAUGUGAUGAAAUUAAAUUAUUGUAGUACAUCUAAAAUUUCAAAAGCAGAUAAAUUCACGUUGACAAAAGAACAAAUUCAACUUUUAAUUGCUGAGUUCAGUGACGUUAGUAAUCAAAUGAAUACAUUAGCUCAAGAAUGCAAAGAAUAAAUAUUUUCAAAUAAUUUACUAAGAAUAUAAUAUGAUUAAUUAGUAACUAUUACUACAAGUUACAUAUCAUUGUCAAUAUUUAAAAAAAUAAAAUAACAUUUUAAUUAA